GCACAGACCCUGCAUGUAUCACCUUCCUUCAGCAGUGAAGUAAACGCUCACUUUCAGACGCCCUCCUUCCUGUGGAGGCCGUCGUCCUGGCUCUGGUCGCUGUGGUUUUUCUGGUUCCACAGAGAUGAUGGAGAGGCUGCGGGCGCUGCUGCAGCGACAGAUUCUGUCCAUUCUGACAGAUUCCAGGUUGGAUUCUGUGCAGCAGCUUUAAGUAGAGCCCUCAUUCACUCCAUUGGCUCAGACUACAGACACGUCAGCGUCAUGGACACAGGACCCUCCUGCUGCUCAGUCAACCAGCAGGUGGUGAACGGAGGGGGACUGUACUGUCUAGCAGCCUCUUGCACACUGACCCAGGGUCAGCGGCCGUUUGGGUCGUAUGGCUCAGGAACAACCACUGGUUCUGAAUGUUCUGACAAAGUAACUGAACACGGGUCUGAUGGUGUCCGUCCUGUGUUUCAGAGUACGGAGACAUCACCCUCAGGAUCAUCUGCGAUCAAGGUUAAAGGUGCUCUGUGUUGGACUCAGUCUGAUGGUUCUGGUACAGGUCACACACUGACUGGAGUUGAAGCCUCCCGUGAGCUGGCGAAGGAAGACCUGCAGAGGCUGAAGACGAAGAGGAACUCAUCAGAGAGAACAAGUACCUACUCAGCAGCAGCUCUUUUAGCUCCUCCCAUGGUUUCAGUCCGGCUCAGUCAUUUCCUGAUGACUCCGGUCUUGUUGUUGUCACACAUGCACUGGGCAGCUUUACCUCCAGUGAAUGAGGCGCUGGGAUCUAACUGUCCACCCGCUGUGAUCGCUGCCAUCGCCUCCACACAGUCGGAGCUGUGCUUAAAGUGGCGGCUUCAGACAGGGCGGCGGCAGCAGCUUCGGGCGCUGCUCGUCUUCCUCCCACACACGAGCGAAACAACGCAUCCCAGCUGAGCAUCUGUGGUUUUGGUGCAGAUCAACCGACGGCACCACGCAACAAAGGGGUCCACACGGCGACGAGCCCCUGGACCAAGGCGUCACCUUCCUCAUCCAGCUCAUCCAGACCAUGCGGCGGCGCAGGUGGAGCUGCACCAGAGAGCAGCAGCCGAACGGUAGGAACGCAGAGCUCCGCCUCCUGCUGCCGCUCACGGCUCUGCACGCGGUGCUGUUUCAGGAGCGCUGGCACACACACACACACACACACACACACACACACACACACACACACACACACACACACACACACACACACACAGCGAGUCCUCCCUCUGGCGUAUGAGGGGACUUCUCCAGCGGUGGAGGCCAGAGCCAGAGGUUCAGAACGCCGUUCAGAUGCACUGCAGCGCGACAGAGGCUGAGGACGCGUCAGAGCGACCACGACGUCCACCCGUUAUCGGCUCCACGCGCUGUGGAUUCAACGGUGAAUAUGUAUUAAUAGGAGGCAUUUAACAAGCUGCUGUCAGAUCAUAAGUUAUUAUGUUUGUCAAGCAAAAAUGUUACAUUCAGCCUGUUUUAGAAAGUGGACCAAGUAGCAGUGUUUGUGUCUGUGAGCGGAUUAUCAGUUCUCAGUUACAGUUCUUACACACACAGCUGUGUACCUGAGUGUACGCUGGUGUAGAUCAGUGUUAGAACCCGUUAAUGUGACGAGUAUCAAUCUGUUUGCUGUGAGUCUGAGUCAUGAACCUGUUCAAUCCUUGUUGACUUUGUUUUUCUUUAUGUAAGUGGUUGUGUUUAGGGCAAAAAGUGCCUUGAAUGAUAAGAAAUGUAUUUUUUGGUUUUAUCAUUUAAUUCCAGAUAUUUUCAGUUUUACUCCCGAAAGUAUAACGUUCACUGGAGUAUAAAUAUUGUCACGAGUAAAAUGUGAAGAAAAGUAAAUUUUGAAAAUGAAAUAUAAAAUGCUGUUUUUUUUAACAUCCUACUUUUUUAUUAAGCUAGUUCUUCUCUAAGUGCAGGCUUCUGUUUGACUGUAGGUGUAGGUGUGGGUUUAGGUUUUAAUGUGCAGAUGUCAGCAGCCGUUUGUAGGUUUAUUCUGUAACCACAGUGUCACAGCAGUCAACAGUGAAAAAUACAUGUUUAAGUGCAAUUCA